UCUCUCUCUAUUGUGGUUGGAGGACCAUCGGCAGGCUGCUGAUCGUCUCAGCAGAAGAGGACAAAAGGACGUGUUUAUUUUCCCUCUAAACUUUAUUUAUUUAUUCCAUCAUUUUCCCUCCUGGUCCCCCGGUCCUCCUCUCCUCCUCUCCUCGCCUCGCGUGCGUCCGGACGGCGCGUGUCGGCGGGCGGGCGUGCGGGCGUGCGUGCGUGCGGGCGGCCGUGUGCCAUGAGCGUCGGGCGGCUGCAGCCCCGGAGCCGGUGAGGAUGCCUCAUGGAGCGCCCCAUCAGCACCGCCAGUGCGCGCGCCGCCCAGUAGCAGAGCCAUGCCGCGGUUCAGCGCGCGCUGGAUGGUCGCGCUGCUGCUGAUCGUGGUGGUCGGCGGCGCUUUCUUCUUCUGCGAGUAUCUCAUCUACUUCCCCACCAUCCUGAAGUGCGCCUGGCCGCGGCUCGGCCAUGCCCGGGGCGCGGAGGACGCGGACGGCCCGCCGGCGGACGCCGCGGUCCGCGCCAUGGUGCUGUCGGACACGCACCUCCUGGGAGCCGUGGGGGGCCACUGGUUCGACAAACUGAGGAGGGAAUGGCAGAUGGAGAGGGCUUUCCAGACCGCUCUGUGGCUGCUCAGGCCCGAAAUAGUCUUUAUUCUCGGGGACAUCUUCGACGAAGGCAAGUGGAGCUCGCAGAAGCACUGGGAGGACGACGUGCGUCGCUUCCACCGAAUGUUCAGACACUCCACCGACACGGAACUGGUCGUGCUGGUUGGGAACCACGAUAUCGGGUUUCAUUAUGAGAUGGACUGGUUCAAGCUGCAGCGCUUCGAGAAGGUCUUCAACGCCUCCUCCACCAGGAUCGUCACCAAGAAGGGAGUCAACUUCCUGCUGGUGAACAGCGUGGCCCUGCACGGCGACGGCUGUCCCAUCUGCCAGUCGGUGGAGAAGGAGCUGAUCAAACUCUCCAGGGACAUCAACUGCUCCCUCCAGGGCUCGCCGUCCGGCGGCGGCGUGACGGACAGCUGCGACGGCUCCCAGCUCUACCCCCCCUCGCCUCCCAUCAUGCUCCAGCACUACCCGCUGUACAGAGUGAGCGACGCUGGCUGCACAGGACAGGACGCCGCCCCCCCUGAAGAGCGCCACCUUCUGUUCAGAGAGAAGUACGACGUGCUGUCCAAGGAGGCGUCCCAGAGGCUGCUGCACUGGUUCAAGCCCCGCCUCAUCCUGAGCGGACACACCCACAGCGGCUGCGAGGUCCUCCACGACAACAAGUACCCCGAAGUCAGCGUGCCGUCCUUCAGCUGGAGGAACAGGAACAACCCCAGCUUCAUCCUGGCGACGGUGUCACCCAGCAGCUACACCCUGUCCAAGUGUUUCCUGCCGGAGGAGAGCACGGUGAUCGGGGUGUACUGCUCGGCGGGGGCCUGCCUGCUGCUGCUCUUCCUGGCCCACUGCCUGUGGAUGAAGGGCCUGCUCCAGUGCCUCAGCCUCUGCCUGCUGGGGAAGCACAAGUCCCUGUGAGCCCGCUGCCUUUCCCAGAGUGCACCGCGGCCACAGGUUCACCGGAGCUGACCCCCCCACCCCCCCGCUCCGACCACCACCACCACCCCCACCGCCCCCUUUUCAAAUUCCUCCUGUGAGCGGGCCGUAAAGAUCCUUUCAUACGACCAAGAUUUAUGUGUUGGGAUGUUUUUGGCGGCGCUGUGAAGGACCUGGAUAUUUAUUCUAAAGACGCUACGAUGGCAGGAGCUGAGGUGGAAGCCACUUUGAUCUUUUUUUUUAGACCUCUUGGCAGUGCAAUACUGACGGAAAAUACACUUUUAGGAAGGUUUUGAUCUCAGAAGGAGACUUUUUAACUUUGCACACGUGUGCCAUCAGCUAGUGGAAGCAGUACAUAUGUAAAUAGCUGGGUGUCCCCGGUCCGACCUCAGUGGUGCAGUUAGAGCUCCGUGGGUGUUUUAUGUCCUCCUGGUGUUACCUGUGACCCCAUGUGACCCCACCGGUCGUCUCUCACUCCCAGCACUGUCUGUUUCCGUCGUCGAUGUCUCACCAGCCAUCCGGGGGCCCCCCCCUGCUCCUUUUUAACUGAUGCAUUUUGGGAAAAAUAGUGAUCGCUGAGUUUCUGUGCCAAAUGUUUGUGAGGGUUUUUUUUGCCGAAUUGUGGAAGCAUUUCUGAUGAAACUGUACAUAAUAAAACCGAAUCUGAAAUUGCA